AUGGCUCCUCGGGCCGCCGCGUCAACUCGCGCAACGCGCAGCAAGACUGCGACCUCUACCGCUACAGAAAAGCCCACUGCGCCCAAAAAGACUGCUGAUACUGCGACUGCGACCAAGAAAGAGGCCCCGGCCGCACCCAAAACCAAGCCCACAAAAGCCAAAACCGUUACGAAAACGACCGUUAAAAAGACCGCGCCCAAGGAGAAAAUUGACGAAGCGCCUGUUUCCAAGAAGCGCAAGGCCGUCUCCGAAGAUGCACCCGAACCCAAGACGAAGAAAAGUCGUGUCGCAGCUGCAGAGAGAAAAAUCGCACAGCCAAAAAAGGCUCGCUCCACUACUCCCAAAGCCCCGAGGCCUAAAGCGGUUAUCAACGAAGCCCCUACUAAGAAAUUGAACAUCUACGUAUGUGGUGAAGGCGGUUCUGGUGAACUCGGACUCGGUACUGCGAAAAAUGCAGUGGAUGUCAAAAGACCUCGUCUCAAUGCGCUUUUGUCUGCGGAUACUGUUGGUGUGGUCCAGAUUGCCGCUGGUGGGAUGCACUGUGUUGCGCUCACCCACGAUAAUAAGAUUCUUACUUGGGGAGUUAAUGAUCAAGGUGCUUUGGGCCGUGAAACUGUUUGGGAAGGAAAAUUAAAAGAUAUCGACGCUGGCAGUGAUGGCGAUGAUUCCGAUAGCGAUGCCGAUAGCGGUUUGAAUCCCAAGGAGGCUACUCCCACUGCCAUUCCUUCAAAUUCUUUCCCACAUGGCACUGUUUUCGUUGAGGUUGCUGCUGGCGACAGUUCCUCUUUUGCUCUCACUAAUGAUGGAUCCGUUUAUGGAUGGGGUACCUUCCGAGGUAAUGAAGGCAUUCUUGGCUUUGAUGCUACUACUACUAUUCAGAAGACCCCUGUUAUCAUUCCAGCUCUUAAAAAAAUUAAACAUCUUGCUUGUGGUGACAACCAUGCUCUUGCACUUGAUGUCAAGGGCGCUGUUUUUGCCUGGGGCUCCGGCCAGCAGAACCAACUUGGUCGCCGCAUCGUCGAACGCACGAAACUCAACGGUCUUCAUCCCCGUGAAUUCGGAUUACCAAAGAACAUUACUGAUAUAGGCUGUGGCGCUUUCCACUCCUUCGCAAUCCACAAAUCCGGCAAAGUUUACACCUGGGGCCUAAACAGCUACGGUCAAACCGCCAUUCCUCAAGGUGCAGGAUCCGACGAAGCGGUUGUUCUACGUCCUGAAGUUGUCAAAACAUUGACUGGAAAAAAUGUCACUCAGAUUUGCGGCGGAUCUCAUCACUCCCUUGCCGUCACUAGCACAGGCGAAUGCCUUGUCUGGGGCCGUGUCGAUGGCUUUCAGUCCGGCUUAGAUCUCAAAUCUCUUCCCGAAGAUGCUGUCGUUCGUGAUGACCGAGGCAAGGCCCGCAUUCUUUCUGUUCCUACCGCAGUCCCAAACCUCGCCGCCGAAUUUGUCGCCGCUGGUAGUGAUCAUUCGCUCUGUAUUGACCGCGAAGGCCGUGCUUGGUCUUGGGGCUUCUCCGUAAACUACCAGACCGGCCAGGGUACCGACGAUGAUAUUGAGAUUGCUACAGUAAUUGAUAACACUGCCGUCAGAGGCAAGCAAAUGAGCUGGGCUGGUGCUGGUGGACAGUAUUCUAUUCUUGCUGGCGUCGUUGCUAUGGCUAAUGGUGUUGCCGCCGAAGCUGCUACUAAUGGCGUCGCGGCUGUUGCAGUCAACGGAACUGCAUAA